AAUUAGGACUGUUUAGUCAGUAGUUUUAGCUAACUAUUAGAAGUCUUUAGUCAGUAGUUGUAGCUAACUAUUUGGACUGUGUAGUCAGUAGUUUUAGGUAACUAUUAGGACUGUUUAGUCAGUAGUUUUAGGUAAUUAUUUGAACUGUUUAGUCAAUAAUUUAACUCACCAUUUCAGUUGAUUACGAAUUACUUAGCUACCUGUUUAAAAUGCCAGUGUUCAGGUGCUAUAUUAUUUUACUCAAAUAAUUAUUUAUAUUCUUUCAAAUUCUGCUCCACAAUCUUUCCAAGUGUAAGGUAUUUUAUUGUAUAACCUCUCAGUUGAACCUUACACAAGUAACGUUACCCCCGGGGAACAAGUACCCUUGGUUGGGAAUCACCGUCUAAUGUCAUGCACCUUGUUUUAUUACUUUUGGAGGCUGCAGUUGAAAAUGUUUUUGUUCCCUCUGUGUCCAAUGGAGGGCAGUAGCGAGGAGGUGCUGGUUGUUGUUGAUGCUGAGGAAGCAGCUCCUCCACUUCUGCAUCUGAGAGGAGGAGGAGGAGGAGGAGGCGGGAGGAGAGACAAGCUCCGACUUCCUGUGUGAUCUCCGUUCAGCUGAAUUCAGCCUGGCUGCUUCUCCGGGAGGCUUGUGGCUUUACUGACCGGGCAGGAGGGAGGCUUCUGUGGGUAGUGUAUGGCUCGGAGAGACGCCCGGGAGCUCUGUGCAUCACCAGCAUCAGCAGAAACGUUAGCAGCAGCAGCAGCGGCGGCGGCCAUACAUGUGGAUUGUUUUGGGUCAAACCGUUCCUGCUUCCCCGCCUCCCUGCGACUCCCGAGCGGCCACCUCUGCUCCGCAGCGUCGCCUCAGAUAGCGUGAGUGGAGCCGGGCUGCUGGCCCCUGGUGCUCGCCCCCGGCCUUCGUCACCAUCACCCGCCGCUUGUGUGUCUGCUAGAGAGCUACGAGAAGCCUGCUACAAGCUGCUACAGCUACAAGUCCCGCAGGAAGUCCGGAGGAAGGAGAGGAGGAGGAGAAGGCGGAGGAGCGGGGCGCAAGCAUCGCACCGUGCAUGGUGCUGCGGUGUCGGAGGGAGUGGAUGAGCAGCCGGAGCUGACCCAGAGAUGGCUGUCCUCAAACUGGCCGACCAGCCUCCUCUCAUCCAGGCGAUCUUCAGCGGAGACCCUGAAGAGAUUCGUAUGCUUAUAUAUAAGUCUGAAGAUAUCAAUGCUCUGGAUGCAGAGAAGCGCACCCCGCUGCAUGCAGCGGCCUUCCUGGGCGAUGCCGAGAUCACAGAGCUCCUCAUCCUCUCUGGGGCUCGGGUCAACGCCAAAGAUAAUAUGUGGCUCACCCCCCUCCAUCGUGCUGUGGCAUCUCGGAGCGAGGAGGCAGUGCGAGUUUUGAUCCGCCACUCGGCCGACGUGAACGCGCGGGACAAGAACUGGCAGACGCCGCUGCACGUGGCUGCAGCCAACAAUGCGCUGCGAUGCGCUGAGGUCAUCAUCCCGCUGCUGAGUAGCGUCAACGUGUCGGACCGCGGCGGACGUACUGCCCUGCAUCACGCUGCCCUCAACGGCCACACUGAGAUGGUGAACCUCCUCCUCGCGAAAGGAGCCAACAUCAACGCCUUUGAUAAGAAAGAUGGCCGGGCUCUGCACUGGGCAGCUUUCAUGGGACAUUUGGAUGUGGUUUGUCUGCUGGUGAGUGAAGGGGCGGAGAUCAGCUGUAAGGACAAACGGGGAUACACUCCCCUCCACGCGGCGGCCUCCAGUGGGCAGAUCGCUGUGGUCAAACACCUGCUGAACCUAGCUGUGGAGAUAGACGAGUCCAAUGCAUUUGGGAACACGGCGCUCCACGUGGCCUGUUUUAAUGGGCAGGACGCCGUCGUCAGUGAGCUAAUCGAUUACGGUGCCAACGUCAGCCAGGCUAACAACAAGGGCUUCACCCCGCUGCACUUUGCCGCCGCCUCCACACAUGGAGCACUCUGUCUGGAGUUCCUGGUCAACAACGGGGCGGAUGUCAACGUACAGAGUCGUGACGGGAAGAGUCCUCUUCACAUGACGGCAGUUCACGGACGCUUUACUCGUUCCCAGACUCUCAUCCAGAAUGGUGGGGAGAUUGACAGUGUGGACAAGGACGGCAACACCCCUCUCCACAUUGCUGCCCGUUACGGUCAUGAACUCCUCAUCAACACGCUUAUCACCAGCGGAGCAGACUGCACAAAACGAGGAGUCCAUGACAUGUUCCCUCUCCACCUGGCUGCCUUGAACGCUCACUCUGACUGCUGCAGGAAGCUGCUCUCCUCAGGUCGGAGGUUUAGCAUAAUGUGUAACGACUCGGUCCUGUCUGCAGGCUUCCAGAUAGACACUCCUGACAGCAUGGGGAGGACCUGCCUGCACGCUGCUGCUGCCGGAGGUAAUGUGGAGUGUGUCAAGCUACUUCUGAGCAGCGGUGGAGACCACACCAGGAGGGAUAAGUGCGGCAGAACCCCCCUCCACUACGCAGCCGCCAGCCGUCACUAUCAGUGUCUGGAGACUCUGGCUGCUUGUGGCACCGCCAUCAACGCCACCGACCAGUGGGGGCGCUCGGCGCUGCACUAUGCCGCUGCCUCAGACUUGGACAGGAGGCGCCGUGUUGCUCUGGAGCAAGAGAGUGAUGGAGUUCAGGCGGAGAGGGAGAAAGAGGCAGCGCUAUGUUUAGAGUUCCUGCUGCAGAGCGGAGCAACCGCCUCGCUGAAAGACAAACAGGGCUACAGUCCCGUCCACUACGCUGCGGCCUACGGGCACAGGCACUGUCUGGAGCUGCUGCUGGACCGAGACGACAGUCACCAAGACGACCCUGAAUCUCCGAACCUUCGGAGCCCGCUGCACCUUGCUGCGUACCACGGCCACGCUCAGGCCCUGGAGGUGCUGCUGCAGGGGGAGAGGGAGGUGGACCAGGGAGACGAAGUGGGGAGGACCCCCCUGGCCCUGGCCGCCCUCCGGGGCCACGCUGAAUGCGUUCACACCCUCCUCGGCCAGGGGGCGUCGCCACGCGCCACGGACACCCAGUACGGACGCAACCCCGUCCACCUGGCAGUGAUGAACGGUCAUACGACAUGUGUGCGCCUUCUGCUGGAUGACUCGGACAGUGCCGACCUGGUAGAUGCUGGUGACUCUCAGGGACAGACUCCUCUGAUGCUGGCGGUGGCGGGAGGACACGUGGACGCCGUGUCGCUGCUGCUGGAGCGGGAAGCCAACGUGAACCUGGCGAGUAAGCACGGCCUCACGGCACUGCACCUCGGGCUGCUGUGUGGUCAGGAGGAGUGUAUCCAGUGUCUGUUGGAGCAAGAAGCUUCCAUUUUGCUGGGUGACUCUCGGGGUCGUACUGCCAUCCACCUGGCGGCCGCCCGCGGUCACGCCUCGUGGCUCUGCGAGCUGCUGAGCAUCGCCGGCUCCGAGCCACCGGCCCUCCCCCCGCUGAGGGACAACAGCGGCUACACACCGCUGCACUGGGCCUGCUACUACGGUCAUGAGGGGUGUGUGGAGGUUCUGCUGGAGCAGAAAGGUUGUCGCUGUAUUGAUGGGAACCCGUUCACCCCUCUGCACUGUGCUGUGGUGAAUGAUCACGAGCCGUGUGCAUCGCUGCUGCUGGAGGCUAUGGGCUCGGACAUCGCUGGCUGCAAAGACGCCAAGGACAGGACUCCUCUUCAUGCUGCAGCAUUCUCGGGCCACGUCGACUGCGUCCAGCUGCUCCUGUCUCACGAUGCGCCUGUCGAUACCGUGGACCAAUCGGGUCGCGACGCACUGAUGAUGGCGGCAGAGAAGGGCAGAGCCGGAGCCCUCGAGGUGCUGUUGACCAGCACCAGUGCCAACCUCAGUCUGAGGGACAAAGACGGCAACACCGCCCUGCAUCUAGCCUGCAGUAACGGAAAGGAAGACUGUGUGAUGUUGAUCCUGGAGAAACUUUCGGACACGGCACUCGUAAACGCCACAAAUGCAGCGCUGCAAACCCCUCUCCACCUGGCGGCUCGUAGCGGUCUGAAGAAGGCGGUCCAGGAGCUGCUGUCCCGAGGAGCCAACGUUCAGACGGUGGAUGAGAACGGUCUUACGCCUGCUCUGGCUUGCGCUCCUAGCAGAGAGGUGGCUGACUGUCUGGCUCUCAUUCUGGCUACCAUGAUGCCUUUCUGCUCCCCUUGCAGCUCCGGGGCUCCCUCCCCAGGCUCCCUGCUGAGGCAGCUGCCCCACCAGGAGAGUAAAUGCCCGGUCACCGGCCCUCGGGGGCCACGCAGCCCCAGGAACCCCUCCGGACCCUCCAGCGAGGGGACCACCGAGAACGACUCGGAGGACUCGGAAACCUUCUGACCCCUCCUAAACCGACUCUCUACCCUUCUACCUCGAACUGUGCACACAAACCUUUUACCCCGUCCCCCCUCCAGGAAUGAUGCAGUGUUUCAGUCUGUAGUGCCCUCUUGAGGGAGAAGGGUAGAGACUUGGUUGGGACACAGCUUGGAUGUUUUGCAGUGUCUGUAUCUGGUACAGAGGCACCGUGCUGGAGGCCCUACAGCGCUUUUUCUUAGAGCCCUUUUCCUCAGAACAAGGAGCAGAGCAGCCACGCUGCCCAGGACUUCCUGCUGCAGCCGAGGAAGCUGCCUCACGGAGAAGAAGAAUUCGAUCUGGACCAGUUCUGGUUCGGUCUGCAUGCUUGUGUUAACUUACACCACGGUUAGUUCUUUCUACUCACGGGUGCUUAAAUCCAACCCGACCUCGGUACUUUAGUCUCUGCAUGGCAUAGCAACUCGCCUCUGAGACUUAUUUUGUCUUUAAAAAAAAGCCAUUUGUACAAAAUGAAGUAGGCCAUUAAGACCGCUAAGUGUCAUUUGAACCUUUUUUUUUUUUUUUUUUUUGAUUUUUUUUUUUGUCUUGUUGUUGUACCAAAUAUUUGACUUCCACGCGCAAAUAAUUAACGUACUGAUGAACAGGUACAUAGAGCUCAUUUUAAUCGUUAACAACUGAAGCACAAAUUUGGGUUUUGCGUUUCGGUGUUGAUGGAUUGUGAAUAAUAAUUAUAAUGUGGUGUUUAGUAGUUUAACCGUUCACCAGAAAAAUAGACUAUAACGCACUGGGUACAUCUUAAUUACCCUAAUUGCAUCCACGUUUCCCUCAUUUGCGCGAGGAAAGUUUUUAGAGAGAAGCGAUGGCCAUGGUCACUUCCACAGGCGGCAACAGUGGCGGGAUGUGGGAUUUUAGGGCUACCAAAUAUAUUAAGCACAAGUGUUACGUACCACCAAACCCUCCAAAGUUCUGGUUCUACACUGACUAACGAUACACAGAACCAUAAACGCAAGAAUACUUUCUCAGUAUUAAACCUACAUUUUAUACAUGACUCCACUGCAUGAAUAAUAUCCCCUCUGUGGGGAUAAAGGUGGGGUUACAAGUUUGCCACAGUUAGUCGGGCCAGAGGGGGAUCGAGGCUUAACCCCUGUGUUGACUUCAUGUCAAAUUGGCCCGUUUUCAAAUUUUGUUUUAUAUUGUAAAAUAUGGGACGUAGAAAUAAGCGCUGAAAAUGUGUAGAAGAAACAUUUUACAAU